AAGCGGAAGUAAGACUGCUAUUUCCGUUAGUACGCCAUAGUUAUUUGACUGGUGGUAUAACGCUGUCCAGAUCACCGCUGUUCUGGUCAAAAAGGCCAAAUAGCGAAAGCAUGUUGCGACUGCCGUCCGUCGGCCGAGCGCUGGCUGGAGCUGCCAAGAGCAGCCUGGCUCCUUCCAACACUGUGCGUACCUCAGUGCGUGCUGCCAGCAACAUGGUGGAAGUGUUUGUGGAUGGGAAACCGCUGGAGGUGGAGCCUGGAACUACUGUGCUUCAGGCCUGUGAGAAGGCUGGAAUCCAGAUCCCAAGGUUUUGUUACCAUGAGCGCCUCUCGGUGGCGGGAAACUGUCGUAUGUGUCUGGUUGAGAUUGAGAAAGCUCCGAAGCCGGUGGCGGCCUGUGCUAUGCCUGUCAUGAAGGGGUGGAACAUCCUCACCAACUCAGAGAAGACACGCAAAGCCAGAGAGGGAGUGAUGGAGUUCCUGCUGGCCAACCACCCACUGGACUGCCCCAUCUGUGAUCAGGGAGGAGAGUGUGACCUGCAGGAUCAGUCCAUGCAGUUUGGUACAGACCGCAGUCGUUUCACAGAGGGGAAAAGAGCAGUCGAGGACAAGAACAUCGGGCCGCUCAUCAAAACCAUCAUGACCCGCUGCAUCCAGUGCACGCGCUGUGUCCGUUUUGCCAGUGAGAUUGCUGGUGUUGAAGACCUGGGAACAACAGGAAGAGGAAACAACCUGCAGAUCGGGACCUACGUGGAGAAGAUGUUCAUGUCGGAGCUUUCAGGCAACGUUAUCGAUGUGUGCCCUGUGGGAGCCCUGACCUCCAAACCCUAUGCUUUCACCGCUCGACCAUGGGAGACCAGGAAAACAGAGUCCAUUGAUGUGUUGGAUGCUGUGGGCAGUAACAUUGUGGUGAGCACAAGAGGUGGCGAGGUGAUGCGGGUGAUGCCCAGGCUAAACGAAGACGUCAACGAAGAAUGGAUCUCUGACAAGACCAGGUUUGCAUAUGAUGGUCUGAAGAGGCAGAGGUUGACCCAGCCAAUGGUAAAGGAUGCUUCAGGUCAGCUGACCCCGACCACCUGGGAGGAUGCUCUCACUCGAGUUGCCGGAGCACUGCAGAGUGUGCAGGGCAAUGAGGUAGCGGCUAUUGCAGGAGGGAUGGCUGACGCUGAAGCUCUGGUCUCCCUCAAAGACCUCCUGAACAGACUCGGGUCAGAACACCUCUGCACCGAGGAGCUCUUCCCUAUGGCGGGCGCGGGAACUGACCUACGCUCCAACUACCUGUUGAACUCUCGCAUCGCCGGCAUCGAGGAGUGUGACCUGGUGCUGCUUGUAGGAACCAACCCGCGCUACGAAGCCCCACUCUUCAACGCCAGAAUUCGCAAGAGCUGGCUCCACAAUGAGCUGCGUGUUGCCAUGGUGGGUCACCAGGUUGAUCUGAGCUACUCUUACGACCACCUGGGAGAGGAAACAUCAGUGCUGAAGGAGCUGGCUAAUGGCACGCACCCCUUCUGCCAGGUCCUUUCAGCUGCCAAGCGUCCUGUAGUGGUCGUGGGCAGCAGCACUCUGCAGAGAGAAGACGGAGCUGCCAUUUUGAGCGCCGUCUCUACCAUCGCUCAGAACGCCAGAACCACUAGUGGAGUGGUGGAGGGAUGGAAAGUCCUAAACGUCCUGCAUAGAGUGGCCAGUCAGGUGGCUGCGUUGGACCUGGGCUACAAGGCCGGUGUGGAGGCCAUCAGGGACAAUCCACCUAAAGUCCUGCUCCUGCUGGGAGCCGAUGGAGGCUGCAUCACCAGAGCCGACCUGCCUAAAGAAAGCCUCAUUAUCUACCAGGGUCACCAUGGCGACAUAGGAGCACCGAUGGCAGACAUCAUCCUGCCAAGUGCCGCAUUCACGGAGAAAAAUGCCACCUACGUCAACACUGAAGGUAGGAGCCAACACACUCGGGUAGCAGUCACCGCUCCAGGAAUGGCCCGAGAGGACUGGAAGAUCAUCAGAGCUGUAUCUGAACUGGUCGGUGUGACGCUGCCCUACGACUCUCUGGAAGAGGUCCGAUCCAGGCUAGCCGAGGUCUCUCCUAAUCUGGUCCGUUACGACGAUGUAGAGGAGGCCAACUACUUCAAACAGGCUAAUGAACUUGCUGAGGCUGUGAACCAGGACCUCUUAGCAGCUCCUCUUGUACCACCUCAGCUUUCAGUAGGGGACUUCUACAUGACAGACUCCAUCAGCAGGGCUUCCCAGACGAUGGCCAAAUGCGUAAAAGCCGUGACAGAAGGAGCGGCCGCCGUCGAUGAGCCCUCAGUUUGCUAGAGCAACUCUUAACCCUCACACACAGUCUCUCUGCCAAAACACACACUUCUCUGAUGGAACAGACUGUCGCUCUUUAAAUUAAAGUUGUCCUUGAUGCUUGUUGUAUACAGUUAAAUCGUUUUCUCUGCGGAGAAGGCUCUUUGUUGAAUAAGUCUGAGAAAUAUAAAUAAAAUCUUACUCUUGA